GAUAAAGGACUGAGCAAUUUUCACAAACCUCGCGAGAGUCUCCACAGGCAGCCGUUACCCUGGAAACGAAGCGAAACAACUUCUCUGUGUUUUGGCUCGUUUUAACCUGACACACUCAGAUUUACUUUCUGCCGCUUGUGUAGUUUUUAUUCCAUAAUGAGCAGCGAUUACUACGAGGUGUUGGAAAUAAACAGGAACGUGACGGAUGCAGAUAUCAAAAAGGCGUAUCGACGUCUUGCAUUGAAGUUUCACCCGAGCAGGAACAGAGAACCUGGAAGCGACGAGAAAUUCAUUCAGUUGGGUGAAGCUUAUGAUGUUUUGAGCGACCCUCGAAAAAAGGCAACAUAUGACAAGUUUGGCGAGGAGGGUCUAAAAGGUGGUAUCCCCCCUGAGUUCGGCAGAGAUGGGGCUUGGUCAUCAAAAUAUGUCUACCAUGGGAACCCAGACAAAACAUUCAGAGAGUUUUUUGGCGGUGACAACCCAUUUGCAGACUUCUAUACAAACAAUGCACCACUUCAGCUCAGUGGACUGGAGGCAGGAUUGGUGAAAAAGACGCAAGAUCUGCCAAUAGAGAGAGACCUACACUUGUCUCUGGAUGAUCUCUUCCAUGGCUGCACAAAAAAGAUUAAGAUUUCUCGAAGGGUUAUGAAUGACAAUGGCUUCACAUCCAGCAUCAAAGACAAGAUCCUGUCUAUAGAUGUAAAGCCUGGAUGGAAGGAAGGCACAAGAAUAAUUUUCUCCAAAGAGGGGGACCAGGGUCCCAACAGCAUCCCUGCAGAUAUUGUGUUCAUAGUGCGACAGAAGGUCCACCCUCAGUUUGUAAGACAGCAGAAUGACUUGAUCUACAAGGCCAAGAUUUCUCUGGAGAUGGCAUUGACUGGCUUCUCCGUAGAUGUGCAAACACUAGAUGGCAGGCUACUCAGUAUUCCUGUCAAUGACAUUGUGCACCCUGCAUACAAAAAAGUGCUGAGUGGAGAGGGAAUGCCGCUGACCCAGAAUCCUUCCCAGAGAGGAAACCUCAUCAUUACAUUUGACAUCCAGUUUCCAGAGCAACUCUGCGCCGAGAGGAAGCAUCUGAUCAGACAAGCUCUAACAUUUAAAGAGUGAUUUCACGACUAAUGAUUCACAUAGUUAGAUUUCUGUCUUUUCUGUUUUUUAAUACAAUAAGUUGAAACAUACAUGGAAAUACGA